UCAAAAGACGGGAAUUGGUGAAGAGCAGCAUAUAUUCGAAAAUAGAGAACAAAUCGGGCAACUGAAAAACAGAAUAAUAGAUUUUCAAAUGUUCGCUCAAUCUGAAUGCAAUAGCAAAUACUAGCUUGAAUUCAAAGCAUCAAACCCUACCCCGACUCCUCCACGCGUUGCCACCAAUCGCCCCUCCCAUUUUUGUCCCCUUCCCUUUCUCUGCAUUUCCAUGGCGUUUCCAAUUCACUAAUUUUCUAAUUCCCCCAAAAAAUGAUCGAAAAUCGGUCCCCUAUUUCCUGCCUCGUCGUCGGCAACUACUGCCACGACGUCCUACUCAAGGAUGGCGUCGUCCUCGCCGAGUCUCUCGGCGGCGCCGCCGCCUUCAUCUCCGCCGUCCUCGACGGUGCCGCCGUCUCUUCCACCUUCGUUUCCAAAGUCGGCUCCGAUUUCGCCUACUCCGUCGUGCGGCCCCCCUCCGUUUCCCUCUCUUCCAAAACGACGGCGUUCCACGCGCAUUUCUCCUCGCAGGUGCUGCGGCACGAUCGGGUGUUGAAGCGGGUGGAAACGUGCGCCCCGAUCACCCCCUCGGACCUCCCCGCCUCGCGGCGGUUCGAGUUCGGGAUGGCGGUCGGCGUCGCCGGGGAAAUUCUGCCGGAGACGCUCGAGAGGAUGCUCGACAUCUGCGACACCGUGUUCGUCGACGUCCAAGCCCUAAUUCGCGCGUUCGAUCCCGACGACGGGACGGUGAGCCUCGUGCAUCUUAGGGAUUCCGGAUUCGGCCACCUGGUGCCGCGGAUCGGGUUCUUGAAGGCGUCGUCGGACGAGGCGCCGUACGUCGGCGUGGAGGCGGCGAGGAAGGAGUGCUGCGUGGUGGUGACGAGUGGGGAGGAAGGGUGCACGGUUUAUUACCGGAAUGCGGAGCAGCGGAUUACCCCCUUUCCUACCGUGCAGGUCGAUCCGACGGGGGCUGGAGAUAGCUUCCUCGGCGGAUUGGUGGCGGGGUUGGUCCAGGGGCUGCCCGUGCCCGAUGCCGCCCUGUUAGGGAACUUCUUCGGCUCCCUCACCGUCGGGCAGCUCGGGUUGCCCAAAUUUGAUUCUAGGGUUUUGCAGGCAGUCAAGGAUGAGCUCCAUCGGAGGAGGUUGAAAAUGCUUGGGAUGCUAAACGGAGAACUGGUGUUCGUGAAGCCUAAUGAUCACGAGGACUUCCAUAUGGCUCUUGUUAGAGCCAAGAUAAUAACCUCUCUUCCAGUCCGAGACUGCCAACAAGAUUCGCCUAGACUUGUUGAAAAUCACAACCAUGUCUCCUCCAACGGGCAGCCAAAGCUUUUGUCCAGCCAUGCUUGUGAGGAACCGAUCAUGUCAGCUAACCGGAUACCUUGAUGAAUCUCAGCAGCGUCCGCCCACCACCACCAACCGGGCAAAGGAUCAAUAAAUGGGGAAGCAAAAAGAUAUGAAAAAUAAAGAGGCGAUGACACUGGCCAAGAUUGUUCUGACUCCAAGCACCGCUUCAAUCUUAUGAUCGUCGAUGUUUCUUGAGUUGGUAGAGCGGCAGUAUCUUCGUGCUGCCCUUGCUACCAUGCAGUCGGAGGACGAAGAAGAAAGAUGCAAGAGUGUAAAGGUUUUGGUAGGGCAAAAGAUGUAGGGAUGUAGUACAUUUAAUGGUCUUCGAAAAUGUGAAAUAUCUGUGGUUUUCUAUUUU